AAGUGGAACUGUUAGGAAAUCGAAACGUUGACCACUUGAGAGCGAUAUACAGAGGGGCUGUCGGUGGCAGAGACUCGACGGGAAAGGGAGUCGCGGAAAUUGCUUCUAUAUCAGAGUUGUUGACCAAAUACGUGUAUCUGCACCGGCACCUACGUAUCUGAAGCGGCAGUGACGGCGGUGGUCGUGGUGGCGGAAUAGUUGUGUGUGCAAGUCUAUGGCGUAUAGGAGACGUCAAGGAUUCGCGAAGGAUUCGACCUCUGCGGAAGAAUUUAGAAUUCCUAACCCUGAUUCUAGACGUCACAGUUCUCCGACUUCGCUAGAAGACGGUUCAUCCUCAUCUGCCGCCGCGUCGGCUACACCGUCUCUUGCAGCUAAAGCGAUCAGAGCGUCAUCCGCCAACCGUGACUCUGCGCUCUCUUCGGCUUACGGUCAACCCGCUAUUUCACCAAGGACCGCCAAGUCGAAUCCACUUCGAUCUUCUCAGUCCUCUACUCCCAAGGAUGAUUCCAUUAAAAAUGACUACACAUCAAUGAAGAAUUUGGAAAAACCCAAGCCUGGAUUUUGGGGUGGUUUGGCUAGAAAAGCUAGGUCUAUCAUCGAAGAUGAUGAUGAACCUCAACAAUACGAAACACCAGAAAGGAGGAGGCAGCAAAUGUCAGAUCCCAAGAAUUCUAAUCAGCACCAGUUCCCAGAAAGUCAUGAAAAAACAGACAAUCCCGGAUUCCAGAAGGGGUUAGGAGCUAUUGCAUCAUCUCUUAAUUACAUUGGUAAUGCUCUUGAGGAGGGCAGAACAAUUGUGGAGAACAAAACUGCAGACAUAAUUCAAGAAACACGCAAACUACACGUAAAGAAAAAGAGUGGCAUCAUCCCUGAUCAAACUCAAACUCUAACUCAAACUUCAAAUAAGCAGUUACAGCCUCCUCAACCCUUGCCACAGACUGAUGUAGAAAUUCAACUCAAGGCAUCUCGCGACGUUUCAAUGGCAAUGGCUGCAAAAGCAAAGCUUCUACUUCGGGAACUUAAAACUGUUAAGGCUGAUCUUGCUUUUGCAAAGGAGCGUUGUGCUCAUUUAGAAGAGGAAAAUAAAAUACUCAGGGAGACUGGUGGAGAUGGAGACAACCAGGAAGACGAUGAUUUGAUACGGCUACAACUGGAGUCGCUUUUAGCAGAGAAAGCUCGGUUGGCACAGGAGAAUUCAGUGUAUGCAAGGGAAAACCGGUUUCUAAGAGAGAUUGUUGAAUACCACCAACUCACAAUGCAAGAUGUUGUUUACAUUGAUGAAAACAAUGAACAAGUAUACCAACUCCCAAUCGACAAUCUAUCAUCAACACAUGAUUUGCAACUGCAAUCAAUCAUAAUACCAACUUUACCCUCAACCCCUCCCAACACAAACUCACAGAUACAAUAUCUUUCUCCCAAGACUCCCUUCGCCCCGAAUACUCCUUUUAUGUAAAUAAACCAUUUUGCACCUAUUUCUUUCACAUUUAGCUUCUUUUUUACUUACUUUUUCUUUUUGAGAAAAAUUUGCUGUUUGUGAAAUGUUGUUUUUGUAAAAUCGUGAC